AACGAUACUCUCCCUCCCCUUUCCUCUUCGUGUCUCCGUCGCCGCCACCGUUUUCUUUUUCAGGACUCGCCGCCUGUGUGUUUCCGCCGGCAUCGAAAGUCUCGGAUGGACCUUGCAAUUCCGCCUGAUUCACCGUGAAACGGUGAAUUUGAUCCGAGUUUUGGUGGCAAGUAAGGGCUUUUACGGUGGAAUUAUCGCCCACGGAAAGCCAAAAUCGACCUCGGAAUUUAGGUUACUGGUGGCUUCCAGCGGGAACCGGAUUGAUUAGUGAUUUUGGUGCUCUCUCUCUUUUUGAAAUUCUAAAAAUGAAUGUAUUCAAUUCAGCUGCAUCGAUAUGCAGAAGGGUUAGUUUGAGGGAACUGAUCUCCGAAGCUCCCGUAUACAAUAGCUGCAUUUCUGAUGGUUCUUCCAACGGGUUGAGCGUGGUUUUUAAGCGUUGGGCUACUAAGAAGACCGCUGGAUCCACAAAGAAUGGGCGAGACUCUAAGCCCAAGAAUCUUGGUGUCAAGAAAUUCGGAGGAGAGAAUGUGAUACCGGGAAACAUCAUAGUCCGACAAAGGGGAACACGGUUUCACCCAGGGGACUAUGUCGGGAUUGGUAAGGACCACACCCUCUUCGCAUUGAAGGAAGGGCGUGUGAGAUUUGAGACGCACAAACUGAGCGGACGCAAGUGGGUGCACGUUGAUCCGAAGGAGGGUCAUGUUCUUCACCCUGUCUUCCUGAAAGCUUCUGCUGCUGCUGCCUCUGAUUCAACAAAGAUGGAUACAGCUUCUUUGUGAAACUCAGGUUCACAAGGUUUUGAUCCCAAAAAAAAAUCUCUCUUUUGUUUGCCUGUUUAAAUGCGUUGAAACAGCAAAACUCUGAGACAUUUCAAGUGCUCUGUUUCCUGUUUACUGUUAAAGACUUUUUGAGUCUUGUCUUUGUGUCAGCUGCUUCAUCCAAAAACCCUCGACGCCUCCUUU